AUGAUAUUCACAGAACAGACAGGCAUGCCUACUUUGAAUGAAGACGUACCAGAAAUGGACCGAAAGUCAACGGACAAGAAUGAUGCUGCUCUGGAAGCGACCACCAACGUUGAAGUUGGGGAGAUUCUAGCAUCAGAUUACACAGAGCAGCAGUACAAGAAACUGACCCGGAAGAUCGACUACUACCUCAUGCCCAUGAUGUUCUUCUUCUAUGGGAUACAGCAGACAGACAAGACGUCGACCAGUAUUCAGGCAUUAUUUGGAAUGGAGGAUGAGUUGAAAUUACAUGGCCAACAGUACCAAUGGCUGACCACAAUUUUCUAUCUCACAUAUCUCAUCGGGGAAUUUCCCUCUGUAUAUCUCCUGCAGAGGUUCAAUGUUGGCCUUGUCCUCUCAAUCUACAUGACAUGCUGGGGGAUAUGCCUCAUCUGUAUCAGCGCCGUACAAAACUGGUCUCAAUUGAUGGCACUCCGCGCCCUUCAAGGGUUCUUUGAGAGCAAUAUAUCCCCCGGCUUCCUCCUCAUUACUGGUCUCUGGUACCGGACCGAAGAACACGCCAACCGCUCCCUCUUCUGGCAGUCAUCCGAGGGCUUCUUCUCCAUUGUCUGCAACCUGAUCUUGUACGCCAUCGCGCGACAUGUUGAAGCCCAUGGCGGUAUAGCAGCUUGGCGAUGCAUCUCCUUAUUUCUAGGCUCUAUUACCCUGGCCGGCGCAGUAGCCGCCUUCUUCCUGCUCGGUUGCCCGCAUGAAGUGCGGUGGUUGAAUGAUGAUGAGAAACGCAUGGCAACCGCCCGCACACUGAAGAACCAGACAGGCCAGGAUACUACAGGUAAACAGUGGUCCUGGCCACAAGUCUAUGAAGCCUUUAAAGACCCUCAAUUAUACUUUUCAUUUGCCAAUUCUUUCCUUGCAAAUAUCCCCAACGGAGGCAUCACGACUUUCAGCUCCCUCAUGUACGAGACAUUUGGCUUUAACGACUGGCAAUCCAUGCUCUACGGCUGUCCCCGGAACGCUAUCUACGUAGUCGUCUUCCUCAUCGUUGGCCUGUACACCCGCAAGUUCCAGAACCAGCGCAUGUGGGUAAUGAUCGCCAGCUGCAUCAUUCCCUUUAUCGGACUCCUGGUGAUGUCGCUCCUUCCAAACACACCUGAGUACAAGUGGAUUAAGUGGGGGAUGUACAUCAUGACAGUUGUCUUUUCUCUGGCUAUUUUUCUCGGUUGGAGCUUGAUCCCCUCCAAUGUCGCAGGAAAGACCAAGCAAACCGUUGUCUCUGCUAUGACUUUGAUUGCGUAUUGCGCCGGGAAUAUGGCAGGUGCGCAAGUGUUCAGGACCAAAGAUGCGCCCCGGUAUGUGUCAGGAACGGUGGCCUGCUCGGUAUGUUUCGCUCUCCAGGCAAUUGUGAUUCUUCUAUGGAGAGGAUGGUAUAUGUGGGAGAAUCGACGCAGGGAGCGCAUUGUACUGAGCAUGGGGAUCUCCAAAGAGGAGCAGGAACGACGGGGUAAGGAGCUGGGAGAGCAGGAUGUUACGGAUAUGAAGAAUAUUUAUUUUCGAUAUACCAUGUGA